GUUUGUCACAAACCCAACAAAGUUGACCUAAACCCUAAGACGAAACCUCAAAUGGCGAUUAUCUCUGAGGUGGAAGAAGAAAGCAGCAGCAGCCGACCCAGGAUGUUGCCGUUUAGGGCAGUACUCGAUUCUUCAGACCCAUUAGGGUUUUUGGAGAAAGUUUUCGACUUUCUUGGAGAACAGAGCGAUUUUCUCAAGAAACCCUCCGCAGAGCAGGAGAUCGCCGUCGCGGUUAGGGCGGCGAAGGAGAAGUUGAAGAAGAAAGCUGAGAAGGAGAGUGUUAAGCCUGUGGAGAAGAAAGCUGAGAAGGAGAGUGUUAAGCCUGUGGAGAAGAAGGUAGAGAAGGAGAGUGUUAAGCCUGUGGAGAAGGAGAGUGUCAAGCCGCCGACUAUGGCUACUUCAAGUGCUGAGCCUAUGGAAGUGGAGAAGCCUAAGGAGGAGGAGAAGAAGGAAUCUGGUCCCAUUGUUCCUAACCAAGGUAAUGGAACUGAUCUUGAGAACUACUCAUGGGUCCAGAAUCUCCAGGAGGUUACAGUUAACAUUCCAGUGCCUACUGGGACUAAAGCACGGUCUGUUGUAUGUGAGAUUAAGAGGAACCGUCUCAAGGUUGGUCUCAAAGGCCAGGAUCCAAUCAUCGAUGGGGAGCUCUAUCGAUCUGUGAGGCCUGAUGACUGCUACUGGAAUAUCGAGGAUCAAAAGAUGAUUUCGAUUCUGUUGACAAAGCAUGAUCAGAUGGAGUGGUGGAAAUGCUGUGUGAAAGGUGAACCUGAGAUAGAUACUCAGAAAGUUGAACCAGAGACCAGUAAAUUAGGUGACCUUGACCCAGAAACUCGCUCGACUGUUGAGAAAAUGAUGUUUGAUCAAAGGCAAAAGCAGAUGGGUCUUCCAACAAGCGACGAGCUACAGAAGCAAGAGAUUCUCAAGAAAUUUAUGUCUGAGCAUCCAGAGAUGGACUUCUCAAACGCAAAGUUUAACUGAUGCUCGUAUCGUCUGGUCUCCCUGCCUAAAAAGAAAAACCAUUUUUGCAU